AUGACUUUCAACGUUGCCGACUUCCGUCACUAUAUGGAAUCUUCUCAGAACACUGCACAUAUCGAUGGUGUCCUGGCCAAGGUCAGAGCUCAAAUGGAUACUUCAAACUUUCUUUAUCCCUUGAAGAAUUUGCAAACACUUGACGAACGCACCAACAUAUAUACGGAUGCAGAUGGAAAUUCAACCCUUCUUUUCAAUGAAGGAAGCUCGGAGUCUGAAGGUAUUGAAGCAAUAUUCGUCGUGCAGGGUGUACUGUGGGAUUUUACCCUUCCUCCAAUCAUCACAAAAACAGAAUCGCCAAGCAAUCGAAUCAUCCAUCAGAAGAUGUCGGCCAGUUAUAAGGAAGGGACACUGAAAGCUUGGGACAUAAUCAAUGCAGUGGACUCUAAUAUGACUUCAAAGGAGUACUCAAACCAUUAUUUUACACCCAUUCAACAUGCAAAUGGCGAGCCCAGCAUACCCUUUGCAUCAAAUGUGGAUCCACAUCACCAUCUUACCCGCGCAGCCACAUCCAACAUGGUUCAUCUGCCUGCCAAUGAAGUGGGGUACUACCAAUAUAUACCCAUGCACCGUCGUAAAACUGAAAACGAUUGCAAGUUCAUAUGCUUCAAUCCGGCACAGUUCAGAGCUGGUCAGAUAGUACAGGCUCAGAUCGCGUUCAAAACGGUACCCUCUGGAGGCAAGACUCCACAGCACCGCUUGAUCUGUCAACUGAAGAGUAUAGCUAUGCUUGAUAAUGCCAUGCAACAGACCUACGAAUCAAUUAUACGUGUGCGAGACAACUACCACAAACCAGAGAGAGGCUUAACAAUCAAGCGACCUAUUGGAUAUCUUCAGUCCUCACCAUUGACUGGAGAAACUUUAACAAAGAAAUUACGAACCGCAGAUACCCAGGAGGAUUCAGAAGAUGUGAGCAUGGCUGCACAGAAAGAAGGAGCAUUAGGAGACAGUAAUGGAUCCGGGAGUUUAAACAUGGGCAGGUUGAAUCUGAGCGACAACAAUACCCCGGUGUAG